GCAGGACUGCACCGACUGGAAUCGCUAUGGCAGCGGCGUCUCGGUGGGCCGGGCCUCGGUGCUGCCCGGGCCGGGCCGCCUCCACAGCAAACCCUGCCGAAGCCUCUCGGGCAUGAGCGGGGCCUCCUGCUGCCGCCCGUCGCCCUACCCGCUGCUGCCGCCCGUCGCCCUACCCGCUGCUGCCGCCGCAUCUUGACUGUGGGUCUGCGCCAGGAACAUGCCCCUGGCCGCCUACUGCUACGUGCGUGUCGUGGGCAAAGGCAGCUACGGGGAGGUGACGCUCGUGAAACACCGGCGGGACGGCAGGCAGUAUGUCAUCAAAAAACUGAACCUCCGAAACGCCUCCAGCCGAGAGCGGCGAGCUGCUGAACAGGAAGCUCAGCUCUUGUCUCAACUGAAGCACCCCAACAUUGUCACCUACAAAGAGUCAUGGGAGGGAGGAGAUGGCCUGCUCUACAUUGUCAUGGGCUUCUGUGAAGGAGGUGAUCUGUACCGGAAGCUCAAGGAGCAAAAAGGGCAACUUCUGCCUGAGAGUCAGGUGGUAGAAUGGUUUGUACAGAUCGCCAUGGCUUUGCAGUAUUUACAUGAGAAACACAUCCUUCAUCGAGAUCUGAAAACUCAAAAUGUCUUUCUAACAAGAACAAACAUCAUCAAAGUGGGUGAUCUAGGAAUUGCUCGCGUGUUAGAAAACCACUGUGACAUGGCAAGCACCCUCAUUGGCACACCCUAUUAUAUGAGCCCUGAAUUGUUCUCAAACAGGCCCUACAACUAUAAGUCUGAUGUUUGGGCUUUGGGAUGCUGUGUCUAUGAAAUGGCUACCCUGAAGCAUGCUUUCAAUGCAAAAGACAUGAAUUCUUUAGUUUAUCGGAUUAUUGAAGGAAAGCUGCCACCAAUGCCAAGAGUUUAUAGCCCAGAGCUGGCAGAACUGAUCAGAACAAUGCUGAGCAAAAGACCUGAAGAAAGACCCUCUGUGAGGAGCAUCCUGAGGCAACCUUAUAUAAAACGCCAAAUCUCUGUGUUUUUGGAGGCUACGAAAGCAAAAACCUCCAAAAAUAACAUUAAAAAUGGUGACUCUAAAUCCAAGCCUGUUACUACCGUGGUUUCCAGGAAGGCAGAAUCAAAUCAUGAAGUAAUCCAUCUCCAACCACAUUCUGCUGAGGAUUCCAAGACAUAUGUAAUGAGUGAAGAUAAAUGUUUGUUGCAAAAGAAACCAGUGGUCAUUGAUCCCUUGAAACCACCUGCUGGUCUGAAAGACCACACUGGCAAACUGGACAUGAGCAAUACUGCAGAGUCACUAGCCACAAUCAGUAGGGUAAAUAUUGACAUCUUACCUGCAGAAAGAAGAGACUCCAUGAAUGAUGGCCUAGUUCAGAAGAAUCAACCAAGACUCUUAGAUGUCUCUAGUGAGCAUGAAGGUAAAGGCAGUAUUUCUCAAGUGAAGGAGGAAAGUCUUCAGGAUAAUGCUAAAUCUACUGCUCAUCCUGAAAGCCCGAUUCCCACAUUGUCCUCUGAUAGUGGCAGUGGGGAAGGGAGUGAACCAGUGAAGCUGUUGCAGCCUCUAAACAAAGACUCAAAGCCAAAGGACCAGGAUCAACUUGGUGGUGAAUGUAUUAUGGAGAAACAGGGCACAAUCCAUGCAGGUUUACAGCCACACAACUCUGGAUCUGAACCUUCCCUGUCUCGACAUCGACGGCAGAAGAAAAGAGAACAGACUGAACACAGUGGGGGAAAGAGCCAGUUCCAACAGGCACCUCCUCAACUUUUGCCUUCUCAUCCCACUGUUGGAAAAGUGGCUAUCAUAUCAACACAACAAAAUGCUGUAAACCAAAGUAGAAUGGUCACUGGGUCUGUGAGCAGUUCAAGAAGCAGUGAGAUGUUAUCAAAGAUUUGUGGGAAUCCCCAGGAAUACAUAUACACGGAAAAAAAAAAGGAUCGACCAUUAUCAGCCCGAGAAAGGAGGCGAUUAAAGCAGUCCCAGGAAGAGAUGUUCCCCUCAGGUGAAGGCCCUUCAGUGAGACCGUCUCUGAGUGCACCGGGGCCAGGGAAACUGCAGCAGGAAAGCCAACCCAUCCCUGCCCGACAGUUCUCUUCUGACUGCAGCAUCACCCAGGUGCCUUGCACCCUCCAAAGGGGAAAAUUGGACAUGUCUGCGUGUGGGAAUCCUAAUACAGAAAGGAAACUGAUUCAUUGCCUGUCUGAAGAUGAGUUAAGUUCUUCUACAAGUUCAACCGAUAAGUCAGAUGGGGAUUCCAGGGAAGGGAAAAGUCAUACAAAUGAAAUGAGUGACUUGGUACAAUUGAUGACUGAGACCCUUAAAUUGGAUUCUAAAGAGAGCUGUGAAGAUCUCCCAUCACCAAAUCCAGUGUCAGAAUUCAAACUUCAUCGAAAGUAUCGGGACACGCUGGUGCUUCAUGGAAAAGUUGCAGAAGAGACAGAGGAACUCCAAUUUAAAGAGCUGCCUUCAGCUGUCAUGCCGGGUUCUGAAAAGAUCAGGAGAAUAGUUGAAGUCUUGAGAGCGGAUGUCAUCAGGGGCUUGGGAGUUCAGCUUUUAGAGCAGGUAUAUGAUCUUUUAGAAGAGGAGGAUGAAUUGGAGAGAGAGGUACGUUUACAAGAGCACAUGGGUGAAAAGUAUACAACUUACAGUGUGAAAGCUCGCCAGUUGAAAUUUUUUGAAGAAAAUGUGAAAUUUUGAGAAUCUGUUCUAAUCUGCCAGAUCUAAAGACCUAUUUUCAAAGAUUUGGGCUUUAAAAACAAACUGUGACAGUUGUUAUAAAGCCAUUCAUCACCCUUUUACAUCUUUGGGUUUUUCUUACUGGAAAACAAUUGGACAGAACAGAGUAAUGUGAAGCAAGUUCACAAAAAAAAAAAACUUUGACUCUCAUAUUCCUUUUAUGAGGAAAAAAAUUUUUUUGGUUACUGUUUACUGAGCCUUAAACCACUUCAAUUUUAUAUCUAGAACUUUAUUUUUUUGAGGUGUUAAUUAGCUUAAAAACAGGACCAUAAAACAUUGGAUUGGAAGUUUUAUAUUGUACUAUAGUGAUAAAAACAAGAGAAACAAAUGACAUAAUAUGUCCAGUAAAAUCUGCCAUUUUAAAAGCAGUUUUUAAAAGAAAAAAAUUGAUUCACUAUUCUAGAGAUAGAUUUAAAGAAAAUGAAAUUCUCUGUAGUAUUUGAGGAGCUAGAUCCCAUUUAUAUAUAUAUAU